AUGUCUUCCACCGCACCCUUGGCGGACUGGCUUGUUCACAUCCCCGACAUUCCCGGCGCGCUAGAGAAGCGUGUUGCCGCCCGUUCUGAUCAUCUGGCUGGAGUGAAGCCCAAGGUCCAGUCGGGCACAGUGGCCUUUGGCGGAGCGACUUUGGCCAAGCAUCCGGGUCCGGGCGAGUCUCUAGCUAUGACGGGGAGUGUGAUGCUCUACAAGGCAGAGAGCGAGGAGAAGGUCCGAGAAUUGUUGGAGGAUGAUCCCUACACCAAAGUUGGAGUUUGGGAUGUGAAGAAUGCAACGAUCUACCCGUUCUUCUGUGCGGUCAGGACUCCUAUGUGA